GACUCAAAAAACGCGAUCGAGGAUGUGUUCGACUUCAUCGACAUCAUUCAUUGCUUUUUUGUUUUGGCUCGCGUUCCACCUCGUUCACGGCCAAAGCGGGGCCUGUGAGGGCCAGCAAGGCAGAGCCAUAGCCAUGUUGAGGCACGUGUGUGUCCGCAGAAGCUCCAGAGCGCCACUGGAUUCCUGUGUUCGAGCCUGUUUAGGCAAUGGACACCAGCAGCCUGCACGUUCUCUGUUCACGAGGUCUGAUGGAAAACUUGGAAAGCGCAGCAAAUGGCGUAUGGUACUGUAUGGCGUAGGUGCCGCCGGCUCGUUGGUUGUACUGGGAGUAGCCUGGAAGGGUAAGCAGAGGAGAGAUCACCUCAGAAACCUGGAGAAAAACUGGGAUGAACUUGCACCUCGGAGGAAAAGGCUGGUUGUCCUUGGUUCAGGCUGGGGUGCUAUGAGUCUCCUGCGUCAGUUGGAUCCAGGCCUGUACGACAUACAUGUAGUUUCUCCACGUAAUUAUUUCCUCUUCACACCCUUGCUGCCGUCCGUCACUGUCGGCACGGUGGAAGCACGCAGUGUCGCGGCGCCUAUUCGUAAACUGCUGCAGCGUAGUCAUGGCAACCUGGCACAUUACUAUGAAGCGGAGUGUGUCUCAAUUGACGUACGGAACAGGCGCAUUACGUGUAAGGACACAUCUGAAGUGCAGGGUGCUGUGUCAUCAUUUGAACUGCCCUUCGAUCAGCUGGUGGUUGCCGUUGGAUCUCAAAGCAAUACAUUCAAUACUCCAGGUGUGACACGCUAUGCACACUUCAUCAAGGAGAUACCCGAUGCCCUCAAGAUCCGUAAGAAGAUUAUGGACAACAUUGAAACUGCUUUCCUGCCUGGCCAGACACUGGAGGAGCAGAAGCGGCUGAUGCAUACUGUCGUUGUCGGCGGUGGUCCCACUGGUGUUGAGUUUGCUGCUGAAUUGCGUGAUUUCCUCAUGGAGGAUCUCUCAGCCCUGUACCCGGGCAUCGCUGACAAACUUGUCAUCUCCGUAGUUCAGGCGCAAGAGCACAUCUUGAACAGCUAUGACUCGGAGAUCAGCACUUACACGGAAAGCGUGUUUGAGAAACAUAACAAGAAGAUCAAUGUCAUCACCGGAGCUAGGGUGACUGAAGUGGAGGAGAAAGUGUUAACAGUGCGCGAUAAAGCCACGCAUGAGGAGACGCAGCUACCGUACGGACUGUGUAUCUGGGCUGCGGGCAAUGCGCAGCGACCACUUGUGCGACAGCUUGUUGACAGCACACCGGAACAGACAAAUAAGCACGGUCUUGUGACGGACGACUACAUGCGCGUGAAGGGUGCACGCUGUGUCUACGCACUAGGAGACUGUCACACUAGUGACACAGGUGUGCUCACCAAUCAGGCCGAGAAACUGUUCCAUCAAGCGGACGUGAAUGGCGAUGGCUAUUUGUCGUGUGAGGAGUUUCACAAUCUGAUGGAGAAAGCCCAGCGGAUGCAUCCGCACGUGAAUGUCUUCUUUGCAACAGUGAAGUCAAGCGUGUUCUGCGGUGCUGACGAAAACCAAGACAACCGCUUGGACAUUACUGAGUUCAAGCGGCUGAUGGCGAAGGUUGACAAUGAACUACGGAUAUUACCGGCGACAGCAGCUGUUGCUAAUCAGCAGGGCAUGUACCUUGGCUCGUUGCUGAAUCAGCUUUGGGGACCGUCGGUUGCACUGGACGUCAAUCCGGCCAUGACCGGUUGCUUGCCAUUCCGCUACCGCUACAUGGGCUCGUUUGCCUAUGUCGGCGAUAACCGUGCAGUCCUGCAGGUACCUGUGUUUGGCUCCCUGAAGGGAUGGUGGACAAUGCUCCUCUGGCGCGCCUUCUACUUCAGCUCUCUGACUUCGUGGCGGACACGGUUCAUGGUCGGCGCAGACUGGAUGAAAGCGAGGUUAUUUGGCAGGGACACGUCCCGCUUGUAGAUCCAGCUCAGCUUGCACUCUGAGGAUGGGGUUUGCGGCGGGUAAUCAUUAGUUCCGGCUGUGCGGAAAACAUGUACGCCUCUCCAAGCUGAGGGAAGUGCAUCCAUUGCAGUGCAAGGCACUGCUGCAUGGCACCUCUCACUAGCAGCUGUCCCUCCAGAACUAGUCUAGUCUCAGAGGAAUAAGUCCGACUUGAAAAUUUACUAAAUGUACAGUAUGCAAACAACCAUUUCCUAGACGAAUAUAUUUUUUCAAUUGGCAACCCGAAAUUAAUUGAUAGUCUUUCAUGUCCCACACGCACACAUUUCUAGGUUUACCACAGGGGAAAAUCUUUCCCGGAACAUCAUAAAAUUUAGACAAUGCUGUUUGCAAUAGAAUUUGAGUUGUUCAUGCGAUUUAUUAGACGUACCCUAUUCACAACUCAACUCCAGUUACACCUGGUAUAAUCCAUUCAUUGUUCUUCCGAAUUAUUCGUGUGGAAUCAAUAUAAAUAUUAUUUAUAUACAAAGGCGUUUUGUGAGUUUUCUGAAUUUAUGACUUCUCAAUGACAGCAAUACUGCCAUACCAAAUAUAUUGAUUGAUCCAUGUUGAUAUAAUUAUCAUCAGAGCUAGUUUAAAGAAUUGCAUGACCGCUUGACAACACAUUUUGUGCAAUUUAAGUUCAAAUCAA